GGAGCCCCGGGCCGGAGAGCCCCGGCGAGGAGGAGGAGGGACGGGACGGUCGGUGCCGCGGCCCCCGGCCCCUCCGCCACUUCCUAGGAAACAUGCAGGAUGCCAGGUCGCUGGAUGCAGCAGUGCAGAGUGCCCUCCAGGCCCUCUACCCGCCCUUCGAAGCCACAGCCCCGACUGUCCUGGGCCAGGUGUUUCGGCUGCUGGAGACCAGCUACCAGGGUGAUGGGCUCUGCUGCCUGCUCCAGUUCCUCAUCCCGGCCAAGCGGCUCUUCGAGCACCUGCGGCAGGCAGCCUGUGCUCCCUACUUUAACCGCAUCUUUCUCCAUGAAGGCUGGCCCUUGUGUCUGCACGAGAAGGUGGUCGUGCACCUGGCACCGCUCAACCCCCUCCUGCUGCGCCCCGGGGACUUCUACCUGCAAGCGGAGCCCUGCGAGGAGCACUCGGCGCGCGUCACCGUGAAGCACCUCUCCCUGGACCUGCGCUCGGUGGAGGAGACGCCAGUCCCUGAGGCCGCCCACGCACUGCUCUUCACUGAGGCGUGGCUGGAGGAGGUGAACAGCAGCUGGGCUGGGGACCCCCUGCACACCUGCCUGGUGGCCACCGAGAACGGCGUUACCCCGCUGCCGUGGAGCCGGAUUGCCACGCCAGAGUUCGUCAACAAGCCCAGGGCUGGAGCAGAUGGUGUGCCCACAGGUGCCCGGCAUGAACCUGCUCCUCAGACUGCACCCGAGCCAGCAGGACCCGGCAUGCCCGUGCCCCACAGCACGGCAAAUGUCCCUGUGCCCUAUGGCAACAUUGCAGGCACCAUCCCAGGCUGCAAGGCCACCUCUUGGAAGUUGAGCCAGGGACGAUACCCGGGACUGAUCAAGGUGGAGCAGGCUGGGCUGGGGAAGAAGCCAUCCACUCUGGCUGUGCCCAGCCUCUGCGAGAUCAUCAGCCAGAACCUGGAGGGGGAGUAUGUGAACCUGCUGGAGCAAUCCCAGGAGCAGCUGCAUGUCCUAACCAGGCCCCUGCUGCCCACCUGCCCACCAGGGACAAUGGGGGCUGGGGCUGAGGUGAUGCUCCCCUGGGAAAAUGGGGGACUGGGGGCAGAUACCUGGCCCUGUGGGGGGGCACUGAGCUCAGAGGAGAGUCCCUGCAGCCCGUGCCUGGGGAGGAAGCUGAGCCAGGAGCCAGGGCUGCAUGGCCCGAGGUGCCGCCACCGUGACUCCUACCUGGCUGCGCUGCAGAACCCAGUGAGCUUCAGCCCCGGGCUGAUGGCAGCCAUCCUGGAGGAGCCAGAUGGCUACAGCCCCGACUUGCCCCCUGCUGCACCCCGUGAGACCCCUGCACAGCAUGGGAAGAGGGCCAGCAACCCCAUGCUCCUCAGCCACCAGCCCCACCAAGCAACUCCCAGGGUGCCAGCGGAGGCGUUGGCGCAGCGGGGCAGCCCCCGGCUCCCCCUGGGCUCCAGCCACAAGUUCUCCUUCCUGAAGGGCGCUCGGCUCGGGGCAGCUCCCACAGAUGAAAGAGCCACCAGCCAGCAUGAGGGGGCCUGGAAGAAGAUGUCAGCCAUCUACUCACCCAGGAUGGGCAGAGCCAGGGCAGCUGGGAAAGGUACAAAUGCUGCUGCCCCCGUGGAGGAACGCUCCCUGGAAAGCAUCGGCUGUAAGAAUGGUCCUCCCGUGCCUGGCACCAGCCCUGCUGGCUGGGAGCCACUGGCCUGGCUGGACCUGCACGCGGGGCUGCUCCGCUCUGGCAUCGUCUGCCUGCCAGGGAGCUCGGACAGGUUGGGCAGGGCCCUCCUUCUGGUGACCACCAGUGGCAGCGCCUGGGGAGCUGCGUGGUGCUCAACUGCUGAGUUGGCGAGGCUCAUCCUCUACCUCUGCUCCCUCCCCAGGCGAGAAGUGAGGAAUGGCGAGAGGCGAGAACCGAAGGACGUGGGGCUGACGGUCGUGGUGGAUGCCAGGAAGCAGCCGCCCGCUCCCGUAUUGUUCUCUGCCCUCCGCUCCAUCCAGAGCGUCUCCCCGGGCUGCAUCCACAGUGUGCUGCUGCUGGCUGAGAAGGAGCUGGUCGCCCACCGUGAGAGGCUGCCCGGGGUGCUGGUGGAGACUCUGACAUCGCUGAAGGCUCUGGGCCGCCAUGUCGACAGCUCCCAGCUACCCCCGGAGCUGGAUGGUGCCUUCCCCUACUGCCACGGCGAGUGGGUUCAAUUCUUCCAGAAGCUGCAUCCCUUCACGGCUGGCCUCAGGCAGGCAUCGGAGCUGCUGCAGCGCUGCAUCCAGGAACUGCAGAGCACCGACACGCUGGCAGGGACACGGGAUGCAGCUGCAGGCGUCAGGAGGCACCAGGAGCUGAUGCAGAAGGUGCUGAGCGACCCACAGCUGGUGCAGGUGCAGCGUGAGGGGGGCUUCGUGCUGGCCAGGCUGCGCAGGGAGGCCGCCCGCCUCCGUGCCUCUGACCACGUCAGGGCUGGCAUGGAGUUGGCUGAGGGGCUGUACAGUCAGCUAGAGGAAGAGCUUCACGACCUGGUGUCCCAGUCCAACAGUUGCCUGGAGCGCCUGGAGUUCCUCCGAAAGGUCCGGGAGCUCGAGACCGAGUUUAGCAAGCUCGGGUGCUGGCUGGACGGGGAGGCAGCAGCGCGGCUGCAGGAGAUGGGCACCGAGGAGUGGAGCCCCGACAGCUGCCAGGGCUCUGCCAAACACUUCAAUGAGUUCCUGGCCCAGGCCACGGCUCAGUACCAGCACGGCCUGACCCUGUGCCGGGAAGUGGCUGAGGUCCGAGAUGCAACAUUUCCCGAGGCAGAUGCCUUCCAGGUGGCUGCAGCCCUUUUCCAGACAAAGCUGAUGAGCUUCUCCAAGCAGCUGGAGCGGCGGCAGGCAGAAUGGGAGCUGCUGCAGGAGCUUGCCCAGUUCUCCAACAAGGUCACAGGGCUGAAGCUGGACUGCCGGCAGUGCUCGGCCCGGGUGCAGCACGGGGAGGGCCAGGCACUGAGGUGCCUGCAGAGAUCCUUCCAGAAGCUCUCGAUGGAGUUUGGCCUGGAGAAGCUGCAGGAGAUGAAAGCUCAGGUGCGCAGGAUGCAGAGCAGCCAAGGGCUGGCAGCCUGGACAGAGGCACGGCACAGGUACCAGGAGACCCGGCAGGUCCUGGAGGAGAUGCUGGCAGAGCUGCAGGAGGCCUGGGGAGUGCAAGCUGACAGGCAGGGAGACUCCUCCAGCCCCCCCAGCCCAGAGUGUGCAGCCCCUUGCACAGAAGCCCCCAUCUGCAGAGCAGCUGCCAGCCCCAAGCCAGUAGUGCCGGGGGGUCAGGGGGUGGCAGAGCAGCCAGAGCCCAGCCCUGAGGGGCCAGGACAGCACCAGGGGCCAGGACAGCCCUGGGCCAACUCUGCUCCUGGCCCCACACUGGGUGCAGAGCCGAGUUCCCCACAGCCCUGCUGUCAGCUGGGGCCUGAGGGUGCCCGCACCUCUCACCACUGUGUCUCUGCUGACACCCCCCUGCCCAAACCCGAGAGUGGAGCCAGCCUGGGAGCAGCAGGACACCUCACCCCGGAGCGCAGGCAGCCCCCUCGGAGGCGUCCCUUCACGCUGCCUCCCUGGAUGCGCUUUCCAGGUGCUGACCAGGCAUGUCCCACUGCUGUGCCCCAUGGGACUGCCUCGGAUCCCAGUACACCUGGCCCACCACCGGGGCCGCGGGCAGAAGCUGCCCAGUACUUUCAGGUUUCCAGCCAGAGCAGUUUCUCCUCUGAGGACUCAGACUCACAGAACUCCGUGGAAGAAUCCCCAGCAGUGAGCUCGGCUUUGCCCCGGGAUCUUCCGAGUCCCAGACCACCCUGCCCCUCUGAAAAGCCCCCUGAGAUUGUUUACCUGGAGAACCACCACACAGAGAGUCUAGCUAAAGCAAAUGCCAAGUAACCAGUCCCUCCAGUUGAGGCUCUUACUGUCCAGCUGUGGAAGUCUCAAUCACCAACUGGAUGGGACUUCCCAUGCUCAGAAGUGGUAUGCUGGGGACUCUUACCCAACCUUCAGUCCCAGAAUCUUUGGUUCCCUGUCCUUAGUGCUCUCCCUGCUGGGGAUUGGCAGUAACCCCAUCACCAGCUCAUGAGAUUCGUUAAUAAUCUACCAGGCGUGUAGCAAUAUUCCCAUAAAGUGCCUUUAUCCUUACCAGUGCCAGCCUCAGCUUGGGCAGCAGGGAAGGUUCCCACAGUCAGCAGCUGUGCCUGGAGCAUGCCAGGGGAGUGCAGACCUGUGCCGAGGCAUUCCUGCCAUUGACUGUGCUCCCCACUCCUCCGGGUGGUUUUACCAUCCCCUGCACCAGCUGAUCCCCAUUGAUGGGCCUUGUGUUUGUGUGCUCAUUAACACGGGACUAAUGCCAUUAACAUUAAUAAACCUGUAGAAAAAUACCUGGAGUGGUCCCCGUGGAGCAGAGCAAGAAGUCAUGUCCUGCUGAGAGCCAGGUGCUGGGCUGCUCACCUGGGCUCCAGCUGCUCCCACCACCCCAGCCCAGUGCCCAUGGGCAGCCAGUGCCACCAUGAAGGCCCCCUGUGCCCCCCACAUGGGCUGAACCCACAGCCUGGCUCUCCUGCUUGCUGCCAGCACCCUGUUCCUGUUCAAAGGACCCUUUUGUAAGGGUUAAGUGCCUCAGUCUCUGGUUCCCCCUCCCAGUACAUUGAGGAUGGUGUCAUCCUGCCCAGCCUCCCCACUCUGUUUUGGGAACGCACUGCCCUGGAGCCUUGGGGACCCAUUCGAGCUGGGUGCGACCUUGCUGAUUCCAGUCCAAAGCAGCCUGGGGUCCCCAGAGAUCCCAUCCCCGUGGGUGUGUCCCCCCCGCCAUGCACUGCCUGUUUGGGCACCUAGGAGCGGGCGAAGGCAGGCGGGAC